CGGCGGACAUCAAAACAAACAGAGAGUUUAGUGGAAAUUGCACAUUUUGGACAGCAACGGAAACAGGAGGGAAGAGAUGAGCGCCCCCUCGCAACUGUCAACGGCGUUCACGCUGAAGCUCGGCUUUGACGUGCAGCCGGGUUGUGUUGCCGUGGGAAGGCUGGACGGCGUGCACCCGUGCCUUGUGUGUGCGGCACCGGGUGGGAAAGUGGUGGUUCACAGCCCACAUCACGCCAAGGGAGAUGUCCAACAUUCCAAGAAACGCUCAGACAUCAGUGUGCUCAGAUUCAACAGAGAGGUGACCCGACUGUGCUGUGGAUCGCUGGAAGCGAGCGGCGCAUCACAGCAACCUGAUCUUGUGUUCGUGGGGUCUUCGGAUAACCUGACUGCCUACGACGUUGUCAACAACUGCGACAAGUUCUCCGUUGAGGCCGCAGAUGGGUGCUCGGCCCUGUGCAUUGGGAAACUGAAGGACAGCGAUCCACUCGUGUUUAUUGGCGGGACAUGCUCCAUCUACGGCUAUGACGCAGAUGGCAACGAUCAGUUCUGGACGGUGACGGGAGAUGAUGUGACGGCCAUGGCCGUUGGGCCAUUCACCACUGGCGACGCAGAGCUUGUUGUUGGCUCUGAGGACUUUGAUAUUCGCUCCUUCAACGCGGAUGCAGAGCUCCUCGUGGAGAUUUCAGAGCGCGACGCCAUUACACAGCUCAUUCGUUUGUCCGGGCAGCGCUUUGCGUUCUCACUCGCAAACGGAACUGUGGGCGUUUUCCAGUCGUCCACACUCCUUUGGUCACACAAGACAAAACACCAGGCGACGGCGCUCGCUGCGUAUGACAUCAACUUUGACGGUGUGCCCGAGCUUGCUGUUGGAUGGGCAGAUGGACGUGUGGAUGUGUUCAAUCCAAAGACCGGUGAUAUCAUCACCUCACAGUCGAUGAAGGCUGCAAUUGCCGGCCUGGCCGUGGCUGACUACCGCAUGGAGGGCAAGGAGACGUUGAUUGCGGUGUCCAUUGACGGGCGCGUGUGCGGUUUCUCCAUUGGGAUGCAGCGCGAUCAGCGUCACACCGCCGCUCCUGUCGUACAGGAGGACUUGUCCGCUCGCCUCAGGCUGCUCCAACAGAAGAAGAAGGACCUGCAAUACCGCCUCUCAGCGUUGAGUCAGCAAACGGCAGGAACGAAGCGGAAGCAGCAGCAGCCGUCAGAACAGGACCACAUGAUCAUGGCCACACACAUCACCACAGAGCUGAAGGCGGAGGACGGCAAAGUGAUUCUCACCAUCGCCACCUCGUCCGGCGCGCCCAUACGCUCUGUUGUGCUCUUCGCUGACGGCCUCUUUGAGGGCGAGUCGUACGUCAUGCAUUGUGCUGAGUCAGCAAAAUCCGACAUCACCAUCAGUCUCGUGCCGCCGCGGCUGGAGGCGUUUGUCAUUGACGCCAAAGUGCUUGUCGGCCCGCCUACAGCCACAAAGCUUGGCGUGUGCGAGGUGCGUGUGCAUGUGCCCAAGUUUGCGUCGUUCCACCGCGCAGAUGUACCGGAACCCACGGGCGCCGUCACCUUUCCACUCCAGGCAGCGCAGACUGAUAAGGUUGUGGCGUGGGUGAACAAGCACUUUCUCCUUCCGUCGCCCGUGACAGGCCUUGUCCCACCAAUUGGGUUCGCCUCCCCAUCAGGCUCCAUCUACCUCGUCCAACACGGCAACAACCUCGUGAUUGGUGCGGAUCGCGGCGAGCUCGCGUCCAUCCUCCUCCAAUCCCUCACGUCCGAAGUCAAACUUAAGGCGGCGGAGUCGGCCAAGUCGACGUUUCCAUCACAACUUGAAGAGCUGCAGGACACGCUUCGCAGCGUAUCAGACCUGCACGCCGCGCGCCAGAAGCUGUCUGUUGAGAUUGCCGACCAGAGCAACCUGGCCAAGAGCCUUCUACUCCGCGCUGAGGACUAUCGCAUGAUGGGCAACUUUGCGAUGAUGCGGGGAACGUACCUGCAGCUGGGGGACGUGAAUCGAGAUCUCAUCAAAGCGUACAACAUCCGCAACUCCAACUACGACGAGCUUGUGCGUCAGCUCAAGGCCCUCAAUCAGUUUAUCAGCAGAACCGCUGACCUCUACGUGGGCAAAGCUCGAACAGACCUGAUUGCGUCAUGUCGCGCUGCCAUCAAAGCAAACGACAUGGACCAACUCUUCAACUUGCUCAAGUCAGGCGCAACAGCGUCACCGUCAUCACCAUCGGCAACUGACGUCUAG